GGAGGCACAGUUAUUGUACAUUUCUUUAGAAUUUUGAUAGAACAUAACUUUUCCCCCUAUAUUUUUCAGUGAGGUUCAGUUAUCAUUGAUGAUUAGAAUUUAAUCAGGGAAGCUCCAAUAGCAGUUUUGUUCAUCGAUAGCAAUUUCAUCAGGAUAGCAGUCUUGUUUUAUGUAGCUUCCUAUUACUCUCCAAUACUGUUUGAAAUGUGUUUGAAAGUUAUUUUGUGAGCAAGAGUAGUUAUGAAGAGAUGUAAUUGUGUUGUCGCCGAUGUUAAUUGUUGCAUGUUCUAUUUGGAUCGGUGGUGCAUGAAAAAACAGUGAGAAGUGAGCCGCCGGGUGCCACUUUCACUCUCUCGCUUUGCGGCUUUGCUCGUUACGUGGACGUGUCGAGCACAAUCAGCUGAUCGGCCAGGAUAAUUGGUGGCGCAGUGACCUUGACGGUCAUCAGGCCAAGAAGGCUCACGCUCACUCAAAACAAACCAGCAAUUUGUCACUGGCACACGGCUACAACUGGAGACACCUGCACUGCGUUCACCCACUUCAGACCUCACUCAUCACUUUGCAACUAAAAGUAAACGUCGUUCAACACAGCUGACAAUCCAUUGUUUCCUUCGACAAAUGUCGCCUGUCGCCUACCACAAUGGAUGACCAUGUAUCGAUACUACUAUUCGCUGCCAUAUUGUGCGGAUCAAUAGAGUUUGCAACGAAUUAUCAACAUGAUGAUCAUCAUAAUGACGAUUUCUUGAUUGCUGCGCAAAAAGAAAUUGAUGAGUUCCAUCGAUUCAUUUACAAUCACGAGGAGGACCAGGACUUGGCUGCUUCACAUCAUAGCAAAAAAGGAAAAGGUCAUGCCCAUAGUGGGAAAUCUGCAUCAGAGAAGACUGGACACAGUAAAAAAACCGGAAGUAAAAAGCAUCAUGAAGAGAAAAGUAACAAAUUAAACUCAAUCAAGGACAAACAUGAAAUAAAAUGGAGUGAAAAGAAAGGUAAAGACACUAAGAAGAAGAAGGAACAUCAUCACCAGGACGAGCAUCACGGAGGUGAACACAACGAUGCAAGAGAAGUAUUCAAAGAUGCUCACAAACAUAACAAAGGAAAUUAUCAAAAGGGUUUCAAUGAGAAAUAUCAUCUGGACGAAGUAAAGAAGCAUAGAAAAUAUUGGAACAACGCUGAUGCUCAUAAGAAAUGGAAGACAUUUGGUCAACAUGGAUCAGAGUCCGAAGAAACUGAAAAGAAAAAUGAAAAGGCUCACGCGAUCAAGGAAGGGGGUAGUGGGUCGAAAGACUCGAAGAAGAAGAAGAGUUCGAAAAAGUCUCAAUCCGCAAGCAAACACGGCCAUAAAAAAGUAGAAGGUAAAAAGGUCGCUUAUCAACAUGAAAAGCACUACCAUAAAAAGGACUAGAAUCUAUUCUGUAAGCGGCUUGCUGGGAAUAAUAACAGUGACAAAUGCAAUCUACGUGUUUGUGUACUUCAGGGAUGAACCUUAUGAAAAAUCAUAGUACAAAUUAUUUAUCAUGAAUUCCAAGCUCAGGAUAGGCCUACACCGACAAUUAAUAAAUAAAAUGUAUCAUGCUUUCAAAGGUCAGAAUGAUUGGUACUAAUGUUUAUAAUCAAUACUAUUAAUUGGUAUAACAAUCUUGAAAUUGUUUCAACUGAUUUUUGAAAUAAUAAUAAUCGGAAAUUAAAUAUUUGAUAUAUUAUAAUUCUCUUUUCAUUGAGGCGUAUUUUCCAUUGAAACGUAUUAAAUUCUAUGCUUUGUGUGUGUUCCAACUGUAAUCAAAAUUCAGGUGCGAGAAUUAUUUUAACCUAUUGUAUAGUUUUACCUAUUCUUAUCACCUUGGAUUGAACGAUUAUAGAACGCAUAAUAUUAUAUUAGGAGAUAAA